UUCCAUCGAAUAGCGACCCUCGUUUAUGUAAUAAUAUGUAUGUUUCUAGACAAAACAUCACAGUUUCUCACAGUCUGUACGACCAGGCAUCUGUAACCGUCCUGUAACCGUUAGAGUUUAAAUUAACUGACGUCAUUAGAACAGGUCGCAGUGAGUCGGUACAGUAGCCCGGAGGCGCAGUCUAACUGCUGCAGAGUCCACUGAUACUGCUGUGUUGUCGGUGACGUUUUGAGGUGGAGGACAAUAACGUUUUUGUUAAGUGCGCCUGAUCAAAUCUCACCAUUGUCAGGAGUCAGGACUCAUAAUCCUCUGGAGUGCCCGCAGGCAGCUUCACACACACCGGGGAGAGGAUGAACCAGGAGGCCGCAGACCAGACCAGACAGGUGCGACCAUGUUAACGAAUUCGGUGAGUCACAUGUGUCGACGUGAUGCAGCUCCAGUCUCGUCUGCCGGUCGUUCUGGCCUCCUGCUGCGUCUGGAAACAUUCAGAUCAACUGUCGUCCCAUGACAUCGCAGCAGUGAGGUUAUAUUGCACCCUCUAAGUCAAAAUGGAGGACUUUGAAUACAGCGUGGAGAUCUGUGACCGUGACUGGGAUUGCUUCUUUGCGGAGUGCGAAGAGUGCAACCUGCUUCCUCCUGCAUUAGCAGGUGUGGAUGACUCGGGGAUGAGUGACAUCGAUGAUAUGGGGUCCAUUCUUGCUGCGAGGGUUCAGAAAGUCGUCCCAACGGCAGGCUUUUCAGAGGCCGACCGCCCCAUCGACGGCCCCCCGGACUGCGAGGGCUCUCCUGUGGAGCAUUACCUCAGCAAACACGCCGUCGGCGGAAUGGAGAGCGUGCUCUCGGGCAGCGAGGAGGACAUACACCUGCAGUCUGUCAAUAUAUUCUUUGAAAAGCUGAAAAAUCUCACAGAGGCUGAGAGGCCCGCUGAGCCGAGCCAAGCGAGAGAUGAGAAAAAAAGAGGAAGAGAGGCAAUAUGGGAGAAGGAGCAGUGUGGUGAUGGGCAGCAAGCCAGCAGCACUUCUUUGCCAAAAAACAUCCCCAAGUUAAACUCUCGGCCUGCCAGCUGUGAAACAGCAGUUGGCAACGAGACCGCGGAGCCUGUCGACACCAUCAGCAACAUAAACACAGUGAAAAAAGACGUGCCUGGUUCCAACAUUUCCCCUGAACCUGCAGCCAGUAAGUUAGCGCUCAAGACCAACAAAUCAACGUGCCCUGAGACGAGGUCAUUCAUCAGAGAGGAAGCCUGCACAGAAACCAGAGUAAAUGAGGCAGCGCGACUGAAUCAGUCUCAUGCCUCACCGGAGGUGAUUGUCUGCUCAGAAACAGCAACACCUCACACUGACAGAGCGAUAACGGUGGAAAUGUACGCACCUCUGGAUGAUAAGCGGGAAGAUUCGUCAACACAAACUCUCAGUAAAAAGUGUAGCGCCGAUUCAUCAAGUAAUCAAGAAAUGGUGACGCACGUUAAAAGGGAGGAAGACCCUGACGUUUUACAGUCAGACGCAACACGCACAAACAAACCCGCGAGCCAACAAUCGUCUCCGUCUGCCUCUGUCAAAAGAAAGAGAAGGAAAAAGAGGCGACUCAGUGUGGAGCCAGCUGAGAGUGUGCACGGAUCUGAGAGGCAGGUUUUAGUCAAGCAGAGUGACUCAGAGGACGAACAGCGUGCUUGGAGAGGAGGUCUGUGUUUAUCUGAGGAUAUUUAUUUAUCUUAUUUACACGGACCACAAAAAUAUGCCUCUUUACCUUUAUAUUCAGCCGCCAGCAAUCUCCCAGUGACGAUGUCUGCUAAGGAGAGUAAAGUAAAUUAUCUUCCUCAAUAUUUACUAGAGAGCGUAGUCAGAAAGGGAAGCUCUAAAGGCUCGGCUGAAAAUAAUGCGACUAAUGAUAAGUCAGUAAACCCCCCGAGUCAAACCGAUGACCGAGCAAUGUCAGCACCAAACAACAGUGGUAAUGUGGCAACACAUUUACAGCCAUGCAGCAAAUCACAUGUAGAAGAAUCAACUGUUUCAAUUCCUGACGGUGUAACUGGUAAAUCAGACGUGGCCACAGAAACGGCAAACUGUGCAAGAAAGGACGCUCAUCCAGGAGUCUCUAUUAUUUGUUGUGAAAAUGAACAAAAUCCAGAAUCUCGUACGGCAGAGGUCAAAUUGAUAGGUAUUUUACUGAGCGCAGAGUCAAAUGAUCCCGCAGUGGCAGUCAGCCAAUGUGACAAACUAUCCGCCGCUAAGUCGGUCCUGGCUGUAGAGGCUGGAAAUUCUGGCAGAGACAACCACACACUGUGUUACAGAGAGGCUGAGUCCCAACAACAGCUGGAAAUUGACUGUCAAGACACGGACCGAUAUAGAUCUACGCUGGAAAAGAGUCACUUUCCGCUGUCUGCAAGCAGUUCUGACGCUCGCAACACAAAACACGAGCAAUUAAAAACUGAAGUGGGCUGUGCCAAAUUAGCAUCAGGUACCAGCAACUCUCUGGCUCAAAGUCCCUCCGGCUCAGAUGUAAAUGUUACAGCACAGCAAACAGAACAUCCUCUGGUGCCUCUCACAUUAUCCAAAUUUAAUGUUUUGCCAGAGAAAAACACAACAGGUGAGAGAAGUGAACUGGCAGCAUCACAAAUAAUGGCUCUUCAAAGUGGGAACCCCUCUCUAUCUGGUAAAAUUCAUCUAACGGGCAAAAGUCAAACCAAUUCGUCCACGUCUGAAGACUUACUAACAAGUCCUUCACAUAUUACACCGGUGUCAUCCUGCUGCAAUCUGGACACAGAAUCUGUCACGUCACUCUCAAAUGGAAAUAUCACAGACGCAUCAGGAAGUUCUUGUUUAUCCGUCAAUCAAAGUGAUCUAGGAGAAAAAACAUCGUUAAUAUUGGCAAAACAUGAGGAAGGAGACGGCACAUCUGAAUCCAAAAGUCAGUCUGUGUCAACAGAGCCAAAAUGUGAUUCAGUGGUCGAAGCAGAAGACGUCAUCACGGCAUCUGAAGCAGAAUGUAAACCAGAUUCAAAACAUUCCGUGUUCGCUAUAUCUUCUUUUUGGAGCGAGAUGGAGAAGCUGACAAUAAAUGAUAUUCUGGGUUUACGAAUGAUCGGCAAAGCUGCGCCGCCCAGCUCCCUCCCGCCUUUACAGGAAAGCGAGGAGGCCGACAUGUUCGCCAUGACGGAUUCAGGCUUUUUUACUCAACCCGAUGAAUCCAAGCCUGAACAAAUCAACGAAGACACACCCAGCGAUCCGAUCUCUUUAGAAUCAAGCUCAGGUUCUGUUUUAGCAGUCGAUUCUCCCUCUUCAAGAGGUGUUACGUGGGAGAGUCUAGAGGCUGAUAUUUACCCUGAGAAUAUGAUGUUGACGUCUGUUAGGGAUAUUUCUCAACCAAUCCUCCCUGAAGGUGCUCAAAGAAAUCUUUCUAAAAAUGUAAGCGUGCACAAUCUACACGCUCUGAAAUCUUUGGGAUACACAAGGAAAGGCCAAACUCUACAAACCGUAGACGAAGGAGAGUUACAAAAAGUAGAGUGUGUCACUGAUGGACACACGCCUAAACGAGACAAAGACUUGGCUUCAUUUUCAGACAGCUACAGAAUCUCCCUCACAGAUAUAUUUCAGUAUCUCUUCAGGGGAAAGCAAUCAAUUCCCAAUCAAUCAAUCCCCAGCGAAUCAGCCACAGAUGACAUAAUCAGCUACUAUACUGAUGGAAACUCUGUCCCUGAAACGUAUGAUCAUUUCUUCUCAGAGUUUGACACCGAAAGCUUCUUCUACCCGCUUAUCGCAGCAGAACAUCCGACCAAAGACGAGCUGGUUCCUAUCUUUUCCUGCUCUCGCUCAGCUAGUAGAAAUCUGCAGUACCCCGAGGCGUACGAUCACUUCUUUCCGUCCUCUUCGUCGUCUGAUGAGUCUUCUGAUGAAGAAGAUGGCUGCGGUCCUGUGAGGGUGGUGACAAAGUUCAGCCAUACAUCGAGCGCAUCUCAGAUUUCUACAGACAUAUAUGAUAAUUUCUUCACAGACAGCGACCUCAGACAGAAUUUCUUUUGGAAACCCACACUCUCCUUCAGGAAUAUGGGUUUGACUAGAUCUACAGUCCAGAAGCAGACUCUCUCAAGCCCUCUACCUGUGAGGCAAAGUGGCCGAUCCCCUGGAAUGAGGGUUCAUCCUAUAAUUGCUCUGGGAAAUCAAGACAUGAGGUUUCCUGAUCCACUUCUGGGGCUGCAGCCUCACAGAUACGAGGACUUACAGAUGGCUGUUUCAAAUCCAAGGUUGGAUGCUUCCCUGCUGCCUCUCAGACAGUCAGACAUGUGUCUGGUUUGUAUUGCGUUUGCUUCGUGGGUGCUGAAGACGGCAAACCCACAGGUUGGAGAUACCUGGAAGGCUGUUCUGCUGGCGAAUGUAAGCGCCCUGUCAGCCAUCCGAUACCUGCGCAAAUACGUCAAGAUGGAGGCGGCAGCCAGCGAGAAGAAAUUGAAUUACACCGCCUCAUCUGAUUCUUGAUGUCACUGCCUCUAAAUACGUCACGCCUAAAGGGAAACAUUCUUCAUGAACACCGGAUAUGAGCCAGUGACAGACCUCAGUGCUUCCAUGAAUUUGUGAAAUGUUUGAUGUGCUGUAACAUGUUUGUAUUACGUAUUUGCACUUUAAUUGCUUCAUAGAUCUUAAGCUUUAUCGAUUUCUCCAUUGAAUGGAAAUAGAAAAGGACAUUUGUUUUACUUCUUGCUGGAUUAAUUUGUCUGACAUUUUGACCUGUAACGUCUGAAAACAUUCAUAUAUAUAAAACGACCAAAGGCAAGACGAGACGUGUAUUUAUGAGAAAGAAAGCUUUAGACAAUAAGGUUUCAGUGUGUGCGUACUGAAGGAUUAGAGGCAGGUUUACUCAGAACUGUACAGAGUUGAGAUGUUAGAUGGACAUGUGAUAAAUGGAUUAACUUGUUUAGGAUGGUUUGUUUCCAUUCCAUUCAUUUAGCAGAUGCUUUUAUACAAAACUACUGUGUUAAAAAAUAUUUCCAAUAACAAUAAUUAAACAUAUUUUACAAAAUAUUCCUCUAUUCAGCAUCUAUUUUUAAUGCUUUACAAAAUGGCAAUUUAACAAACCACCCUGACAAAAGUAUAAUUCAUUUUGGGGGACUGUAUUCUGUGCCAGUAUCAGUUUUGUAAUUUAUGAAUGGCAUUUUAUGUUGAUGAUUUUGUAGAUGAAUGUACAGUAUUUUGUCAUGACGAUUGUUCUCUGUGAGAUGUUGAUGUAUUUCAGUUUAACAACAGUAAACGGUUUCUCUGA